AUGGUUAGGUCUGGCGUGAGGCCUGAUAGAACGGUUUUUGUGAGUGUUCUUUCGGCUUGUAGUCAUGCUGGAUUGACUGAGAAAGGGUUGCAAUAUUUUGAUGAUAUGCAGAGAAAGUAUGGUUUGCAGCCUGGUCCUGAGCAUUAUUCUUGCUUGGUUGAUCUUUUGGAUCGGGUUGGUAGGUUGAAGGAGGCAAUGGAUCUCAUAGAUUCAAUGAAGGUCAAACCCGAUGGUGCUGUUUGGGGAGCACUUCUUGGUGCUUGCAAGAUUCAUAGAAAUGUAGAACUAGCAGAAGUGGCUUUUCAACAUGUCAUUGAGCUUGAACCUACAAAUAUAGGUUACUACGUUUUGUUGUCAAAUGUGAACUCUGAUGCUAAAAACUUAGAGGGGGUUUUAAAAGUUCGAGUCAUGAUGAGGGAUCGAGAGCUUAGAAAGGAUCCCGGGUGCAGCUACGUGGAAUAUAAAGGAAAAAUGCACCUUUUUUACUCAGGUGAUACAAGUCAUCCCCAGAGUAAGGAAAUAUAUAGAAUGUUGGAUAAAUUGGAAACUCUUGUGAACGAGGUUCACCGGUCAGAUCACAAGUGUCAGGGAAAGAGCGAAGAACCGUUAGUCAGUGCUAGUGUGCAUAGUGAAAAAUUAGCAAUUGCUUUUGCUCUGUUGAACACUAGGCCUGGAACAGAUAUAAUAUAA